UGUCACCCUGAGCAGGUCUCGCUCACAUCCAAGUCUCACAACAAGAUCUAAUCGAGCCUCACCUUUGGGAACCGGAUCAAAUCACCUGCAACCUUUACGUUUAUGAUGGCGAGUCCUGAAGACUACGCCUCCAUUCUCAACGGAGUGAUAUGGCUUCAACUCGCCGUCGCUAGUGUGUUCAUCGCUUUUCGUAUGUACACACGACACUACAUAAUGCGCAGCUUGGGAUUAGACGAUGUCUUGAUGCUAGUCAACCUGGCGACGUUUAUAGGUUAUGCCGUCUGUAUAUCCAUUGGUAUCUCCUACGGCGUUGGAAAGCGUGCCGCUGAUAUCCAGCGCGCGGGUCUCGACAACUCCAGAGCUAUCAAGUGGGAAGCAAUCGGGCAAGGAAUUUGCAUUAUGGGAAUUGCUGCGUCCAAAGGUUCGGUUGCAGUCUUCUUGUUACGGAUUGUGCUUAAGAAAUGGCACAUUGCCUUACUGUGGUUCUGCAUCGCGAGUACAACGUUCCUCUGCACGGUAACGACAGUGCUGUUGUACGCGCAAUGCAAACCAGUAGCCUUUCUAUGGGAUCAAACGAUCCAGGGCGGCUACUGCUGGCUAAACUUUACAGGCGUCGGAUUGACCAUGGGCGCUUGGUCCGCAACGAUGGACUUCGUCCUCGCCCUCCUACCAUGGCACGUCGUGAUCAACCUCAACAUGAAACGCAACGAGAAAGUCACCAUUGCAUGCGGUCUUUCACUCGGAGUCUUUGCAGGUGCCUGCUCCGUAGUCCGCACUAUCAAACUGAGAUCUCUCAGCUCACUGGAAAACUAUGUCUAUGACACGUCACCCAUGCUUCUCUGGUCCUCAUCUGAGGUGUGUCUUACCAUAAUUUGCGCAUGCAUACCGGUUCUACGACCCUUGUACGCAAGAGUGAUGUACGACAGCCAGGGCAAUUCAUCGAAGCGCGGGUCAUAUCCGCUCAGUAGUUACGAGAAAAAGAUGGGCAAACAAAGCGGCGGAUUGGACAAGAAGGGCAGCACGAGAAGCACUGAUGAUAUAUACAUGGGGCCGGGAAAUAGCAUGAUACAGACAACCGUGGAGCUAGGAUCUGACGUGGCGAGCGAGGAGUUGUUUUUACAGUCGAGCAACGAUCAUAGGUUUGGAGCUUUCCUCCACGCUAGGGACGACGACAAAACAAACACUCGGACAAGAGAUAUCGUGGUUACGACAACUGUUGCCACAAAAGAAGAGCAAGUAAGGAAUAUUGUGUAAAAGAAGCAAAGACGAAUGAGAAUAUCGUGUGCGUAUCAUUAUUGUGAAAUGUCAACGAUGAAAAUCAUGCGUGAGAAAUAGAGAGGAGUGUAUUGUGACAUUCCAUACCGCGUAAACACAAUAGAAUCGCCUUGUUCAGAGCAAUAUACGUGCAACAUGCUAGAAACAUCAUGUGUAUGGUUAUCGUUAGAUCCAUUUUGGUCUUCUGGUAAAGGUCAAGUUCACUUCCGUCUGUUUUGCUGCAUGGCCAAAAUCUGCACCAUUCUCACGAAGAUGUUGAUAAAAUCCAAUUCCAGCGAGAUGGACUCGUUGACGGGAUCCUUAGGAAUCAGACCACGCUCUGCCAGACGGGCAUGGUUCAGGACCUUUUGCACGUCGUACAGGGUGAAGCCUCCAAACACAGC